GCGUCUUUAUUGCCGCCAUUUGAAAUAAACGGGACAGAAAAAGAAAAGGCGACUCGAGAAAGUAUAGAAAAACUUAGCGAAUUUGCGUAGAUUCAGUUUUGUGCCAAAUGGAAGACAUGUUGGAUAUAAUGCGGCCCCUGUCGCGGCUGGAGCUGGAACUGGAGGAGAUCAGAAAGGCUCAUUUCAAGGAGCUGGACGAACUGUUCUACGGCGUCAAGACCAAAGAUGCCAAGCCGGUGGACAGCACGCCCGCACAGAGCGAAGGCUCCUCGGUGACGCCACAGCAGACCAAGAAGCGACCCAAGCGGUUGACCGCCCUGACGGAGAACACAGACGAGACCGAAGAUGCCGCCGAUGUCACGGCAGACUCUUCGGGCCGCCAGAGUGCACGGCUGAGCAACUCACAGCUGCUGGCCAUUGCCGAGGAUGAUAAUUUGAACAGCACCGCAUCGCUAAUGCCGCCGCCACCGGCACCGACUCCAUCCGACACCACCAUGAGCUCGGGCCGUCCACAGCGGGCUGCAAAAUUGAAAUCGGAAAAGCUGCUCAAGGAGCCCUCACUCAACCGCAAGAUGCGUCGUCCUAGCGACGAGGAAAUGAUCCGGGUGAAGGUGGAGAGCGAUCAUCGCGCCUCACAGUUCAACAGGUCCGGCAUCAAGGCACAAAAUGUAGCUCCAGUGGCCGAGCCGACAGCCGUGGAGGAGCCACUGCCAGAGGCAGCAGCAGUAACAACACCACCAGUGGUCCCCAUUGAGAAGCCAGUAGAGAUCCCUGUCUCCCAGAAUUUGCGCGUCAAAAUCAAGCGGGAGAAGCUCACGGGCGAGUUACCGCCGCCACCGCCCCCCGCUGAUGUUACAACCACAAUUUUGGAGACGGAUGCCACCAGGACGGAUGAGACUGUGGUCAGCAACACGACAACAGCAUCCGAGAUGUCCAAGAAGGGGCGAAAGAAGAAGAAGGACCCUUGCCAUCGACCCAUCAAGGUGGAGCGAUUCAGUGAGAUUGAUCAAAACUCGCCAGUGUCCUCGCGGACACGCAAGAACAGCACCGAGUCGCGCACCCAGGAGCGCUCCAUCUACAAGGACGCCCUCGAGGAGCCACCGAUUGAAGAGCAGCAACAGACCCCCAUGGCUGCUGCUGCCGUCGUUAAUGAGACGAUGACCGUGUGGAACGCCACCAUGGUGCUGGGUCCGGCUCCCACCGAUGAAAGUCCCAUCACAGCGCCGGCCGACGCCACCUUCGAAGUGAUUCCCAGCAAGAUGGUGUCCCAAAUGCCGGAGUCAGGGCCAGCGCGGGAGAGUCUGCUGACCGAGGAUGAGUCGCUGGACGACAGGGUGCCAAUGGCCAAAUUUCUCUCGAAUGUGAAGACCAUAAAGCUGCCUGGGCGACCCCACGAGCUGUUUAAUCCGCUCCUGCAGAGUCCGGUAAAGAUGCGCGUGGAGGCGUUCGAAAAUGCAGCCCUUGCCCAGAGUAAAUUGCGCGCCCCGCGAGCCAAGGAUGUCGGCACGCCAGGAUCGAACAACACGCCCAAGAUUGGCAGGUUGCAGCUGCCGACUGUGGGGCGCUUCUAUACGCCCACUCAGACCACGAGUGCACUGCCCCUGAGCGCGGCACCGGCCAAGAAGGCCCCCUUGAGUGCCUCGAAGGCAACGACACUCUUGAAGACUGCCACCGGGACCAACCUAAAGUCCACCAAUUCUACAUCCAGCAAGACCUUGUCGCGCGAGAACAGUGGCGACGACUUCCGGAAGGGUCUGCACAACCUGGCCGAGGAACGCAAGAAGCUGCGCGAGCAGAAGCAUCAGCAGGCCGCCCAGCAGCGAGAGGCCAAGGAGCAGGAGCGAGCCGAACGCUUGGCCAAGCAGGCUGCGGAGCGCGCCAAGGUACGGGAACGAAAGAAGCUGGAGGAGCGCAAGCGGCUGGAGAUGGAGGAGCGCAAGCGGCUGGAGCUGGAGGAGCUGAAUCGUAAGAUGCGCCAGCAGGAGGCGGCCGAGGCCCUCAAGAAGGCCAAGCUCCGGGAGCUGGAGCAUCAGAAGUUGGCACAGCUGACCGGGGCCAAGAAGAAGAUGCUGCCACCGCCGCCGAAGACAAAAUACACCUGGGACAUGCUGCACGAGGAUGACUCCACCGACGACGAGGGCAAGGUCAGCCACAAGCGUCCGCCGGCACCCACCUGGAGUCGCAGCCAUGUGCGCCGCGAGGCGAUUACCAUGCAGAGCCACUGCCCCACAGAUGUCAUCGACAGCUUCUUCUCGGUGGCACCCACCACGCCGGACCUGAAACAGAUUUUCCCCAACAUCGAUCCCAGCCAGCUGAAGCGCAACUCCAGUGUGCACUGGUCCACGCCCCCUCGCUACUCGGAGCUCCCAAAAUACUAGUUAUACAUAUCCAAAUGAUCCUUUGUUUAUCUUAGUAUUCUUUAUACGGGAAAUGUAUGCAUAUUUAUGUAAUUAUGAAAUAUUUACUAGUAUAUAAUUGAAGUUUAAAUGAAAUAAAGUUAUUUGCGAA